AUGGACGAAAAACACCUAUCACCCCGCGACCAUGAGGUGGUCGAGCACUCGGGUGAUCAGCGCGCUGUCGUCGAUAUCAGCAUCAGAGAUCUCACGAUAAAGGUGCAACCCGCCAGACCAGGUCCGUUCCAAAGGAAGCUGAAGAAGGACGUCGAGGCUCAGCCGUCUGAAAAGAUCAUACUUAACGAUGUAUCGGUCGAUAUUCCCGGCGGAUCUCUGACUGUUAUAAUGGGAUCCUCGGGGUCUGGUAAGACAUCGCUGUUGAACGCUAUGGCGAAGAGAGUCCAAGGCAAAGCAUUGCGUCAGAGCGGCACAAUUGUCUGUUCCAAGAAUGAUACUGCUCGCGUGGAGUUUAGCUCAGGAGCAGAUGCUGGACUGGCGUACGUGAUGCAACAGGACGCCUUGCAGCCAACCCUAACCGUUAGAGAGACACUUAGAUACGCGGCAGAUCUCCGGCUCUCUUCAGUCAUGUCCAAGACCGAUCGCCUUGCCAAAGUCGAAUCAGUCAUCACAGACCUGGGCCUGCAAGAUUGUGCCGACACCAAAAUUGGCAACAGUAUCAGACGAGGCUGCAGUGGAGGAGAGAAACGCCGCACCAGCAUAGGCAUACAGCUGCUAGCCAACCAAAGCGUUCUGACUGCAGACGAGCCCACAACGGGGCUCGAUGCUACCUCAGCGAUGGGUGUAGUGCGUUGUCUCAAGAAUCUUGCAGAUCGGGGAUAUUGUGUCGUCUUAACGCUCCAUCAGCCCAGAUCUGAGAUCUGGAACCAGGUUGACAAUAUCAUCCUGCUAGCCCGAGGAAGCGUUGUGUACAGUGGCCCGCGAUCUCAAUGCAUCCAGCAUUUUGAAGAGCAAGGUCAUAAGCUGCCAACUCUAGUCAAUCCCUUCGACUUCAUCAUCGACUCUGCCUCGAUCGACUUGCGCGCCCCAGAUGUCGAGCACGCCUCGAUCGCUCGUAUUGAACGACUCCAGUCGGCAUGGAAGUCGAUUGCGUCGUCGCACCUCCAGCCUCCGCCGCCAGGUGCAGGUCAGUUGGUUCCUUUCAAUGCCAACACGGGAAGUACAGCUCAAGCGAUUCGGGUUUGGGCAUACCGAAUCCUGGUCCACACGCGGCGCGAUGCCGUCACGACCAUCCGGGACCGCCUCGGUCUCUUCGCUGCCAUCCUUGAAGGCAUACUGAUGGGGAUUGCUGUUGGCUGGAUCUUCUUUGGACUGAGCUCAGAUCUCAGUGGCAUCAGGUCGCGCAUGGGGUCUUUCAUGGCAUGCGUGGUCCUUCAGCCAUACUUGAUUCUGAUGUUCGAGACGUACAGGAUGAGCAUCGACAUACCUAUCUUCGACCGAGAACUCUCCGAAGGAGUUACAUCAUCCGCUACCUUUAUUCUGAGCCGCCGCCUCUCACGCUUUUGGUUGGAAGAUGUGCCCAUCUCGAUCAUCUACGCCACAUUGUUUUACUGGAUGGCAGGUUUCCGGAGUGAUCCCGGCCAGUUCUUCAUCUUUGUCGCCCUUACUUUGACCAUGCACCUCUUGAGUGUUACAGUCGCCCUCUUCUGCGUGGCAGUCGAGCGUCAUUUCAUGAUCGCUUCAAUUGUUGCCAACGCGAUGUUCCUGAUACAAUCAUACGGUGCAGGCUUCGUGAUAAACACGAGCACGAUCCCCAUCUGGCUGCGCUGGAUAAAGUGGAUUACUUACUCAUACUACGGUUUUGCGGCCUUCUGUGCGAACGAAUUCGCAGGCCACUUCUACGCCUGUCCGGUCUCAAACAAUCCCAAUGAUCCAAGAUGCAUCGAGUACACUGGUACCUACAUUCUGGAAGGGCUCGACCUACCUCCCGACUGGCUCAGCACUCCAGCUUUGGCCUUACUGGGCUUUCUCGCGCUAAUGCUCACCGUCAAUGUACUCAUACUGAAGUACAAGACUCACAACAUCCAGCUCGUCCGUGUCAGCACAUCCGACUCGGCUGUGAUAGAUGGCAAUGUGGUACAGGAUCGCAAAGAUGAAAUCCGACCUAUCACAGUGCAGGUCGACGCAUUCGAGCUGUCCGUCGAAUCGAACUCGCUCUUCCGUAAGAAGUCCACGAAGACGAUCCUCCAUCCUACCACAUCCGUCUUCACGCCAGGUACACUGAAUGUUAUCAUGGGGCCCUCGGGUAGCGGCAAGUCCUCUCUCUUGAACGCCAUUGCCAAUAGAUUGCGAAAUACGACCACCACGAAAUAUCGGCGUGGCGGAAAAGUCUUGAUGAACGGCGCAGUACCAUCCCGUCAGGUCGUGAAAUCGGUCAUCUCCUACGUCCACCAGGACGACGUCGGUCUCCUUCCAGCCUUGACUGUUCGCGAAACCCUACGCUUCGCAGCACGGCUCAGACUACCCGCCAGAAUACCAAUCGAGGAGAAGCUGCGACGCGCCGAAGACGUGCUACUCAAGCUCGGAUUGAAAGACUGCGCAGACACACUCAUUGGCGACGCCUUCAUGAAAGGUAUUUCUGGUGGGGAGAAGAGACGCGUCUCGAUUGCCAUUCAAAUCCUCACAUCACCCUCUAUCCUUCUCCUCGACGAACCAACGAGCGGCCUGGACUCAUUCACCGCAGCAUCGAUCCUAGAAGUACUUCAAGGUCUUGCGGACGAAGACCGCACAAUCAUCUUCACGAUCCACCAGCCCCGAUCAGACCUCUACCGCCAAUUCGGCUCCAUGCUCCUUCUCGCAAAGGGAGGCCACGUCGUCUACUCCGGCGCAGCAUCCGACAUGGUCGCCUACUUCGACGACCUUGGCCACAAGUGCCCAGAGCACGCCAACCCGGCCGACUUCACCAUCGAUCUGGUCUCGACCAACUGGCACGAACGCCAUUCAGUCUCACACGAAAAGCUCCAGAACCUCAUUGACAAAUGGACGACCGUCCAACAGGAGCUCGCCACCACCGACCGCGAAGUCGCAAAUCCAGCCACACUCGGCCAAAUGCUGCGCGAAAGGACGCCGUUCCGCCUCGCCUUCCCGAUCCUCAUGGCCCGCAACUUCAAAAAUAUCCGCCGCCAGCCCAACAUCCUCUGGGGCCGCAUCAACCAGUUCAUCGCGUGCGGCGUCGUCUUCGCCAUCUUCUUCAGCCCACUGACCAACGGCUUCUCGGGGGUGCAGACGAGAGCAGGCUUCGCAGGGCAAUACGCCAGUAUUUUCUUCAUGGGCAUGCUCAACUCCAUCGCUACCUAUCCGCCCGAGCGAGACAUCUUUUACCAUGAGGACGAUGACGCAGUGUAUCCCCUCGAAGCAUUCUUCCUGCAAUUCACUGCGAUCGAGACGCCAAUGGAGAUUAUCGGUGCACUCAUAUUCUCCAUCCUAGCUGUCUUUCCGACGGGCAUCCAUCGCACAGCGACGAUGUACUUUCUGUCGACGUUUGUGGCAUUCAGCGUCGCCAGCUGUGGGGAGAGCUUGGGGAUUAUGUUCUUCAGCAUGGUUAAUCAUGUUGGGCUUGCCAUCAAUGUGGCUACUGUAACCAUGUCCUUGUGUAUCAAUCUAGCAGGAAUCAUGGCCGUCGAUGUCACUGGAUUUCUACAAUGGAUUAACCACGUCAAUCCGACGAAAUGGGUGGUUAUGGCAAUGGCGGGCGAAAGCCUGAGAGGAGUAAGAUUUACGUGUGAUGCGGAGCAGAGAUUACCUGAUGGGAUGUGUGGGAUUGAGACGGGCGAGCAGGUGUUGGCUUUGUAUGCUCUGGACAGGUAUUCCGUGGGGCAGUGUGUUGGGUUUCUGGCUAUUAUUGUGAUUGGGUUGAGGGGGUUGGCUUAUGUAGUGCUGAAGGCGAGGAGGAUGAGCUGGCGGAAGUGA